GGGCCUAAAAUUUUAUGACACCGGCAUAAUUUGCCAGGGCCUAUUCAGAACUGUCAGCGUGAGUGUUGAGUAUAGUUCUAUCUAGUAGAGUUGGUGAUAAGCUACAUCAGUGUAUACUCUAUUCAAGAACAGAAGUUGAGAGUAUUGUUGUUACUAUCACUAAAGCUGUGGCUACUACUGAUCAUAUGCAAGCCUUGAGUAAGCAACCGGAAGUGAGGUUACAGAGAGCAAGUCACUUCCUGAAAUGAGUGACAACCUUCUUGAACAAUUAUGGUGGGCUUGUUAUAAUGGCCAUAACCAAGAAGUGCUUGAGCUGCUACAAAAAGGAGCUCCACCCAACAGUGACUACUACACUAGAGAACGGGAUGGACGCACUCCACUACACAAGGCAUGUGCUUCUAACCAUCCCCACUGUACAGAAUUACUUAUCAAGUUUGGAGCCAUUGUAGCUGCUACGGAUAACAAUGGUUGGACCCCCUUACACUGGGCAUGUUCUCGCAACAGUAAAGCCACUGCUAAACUGUUACUGGAGAACUACUAUCCCACAGAUAUCAAGGACCUUAAUGGACGGAUUGCUACUGAUGUGGCUAGAAAUACUGGGCACCGUGCCUUGGCUGACUAUGUAGAGGGGUUCCAGCCUGGACCUAGAGAUCCUCUGUCCUCUUACCCAACACUGGAACAGCUGAGUCAGCUGGAAUGUGAUCAAUGGCUUCAACUUGGUGCUUGCUUGGGAUUGGGCAAUGACCAACUUCAAACCAUAAAGAAGAGCCAACAUCCCACAGCAACAACUCUUCAGGCAGCCAAAAUCAAGAGUAUUGAAAUGCAGUGGAAGGAUAUUGUGGAAUCUCUAGUGAGGAUUGGAGAGUACAAGUUGGCAGAGAGUGUGUGCACUCAGCAAGGGGAAGGUGAGAGUGCUCUGUCAGUGGGUGUAUUAUAUGGCUGGCUGGACUGGGUUAAGUAUCUUGUGGAAACAGUGGGCCUCAAUCCAAAAGGUAUAGUCAACAUGGCUGCUUUCACCCCACUCUCUCUGGCCUGUGCUAAUGGCCACUUGGAUACAGUCAAGUACCUUGUGAACGAGCAUCAUUGUGAUCCUAGAAGUACGUUCAUCAUUUUUGUGUAUCAGUAGGGGGUAGGGGUACAUGUCGUAGUCUCUUAUCUCUUGAUCAUCAUGCAUACUGUAUAUGUAAUUUUAUUGCACUCUGUUUCACUAGCCACUCAGAAUGUGAAAAAGGAACCGUAUAUAUGCUCAGUAUGCCACUCAGUGUUUUUUUAUUGUACUCAGAGGUAUUAAGGCACGUCCAUAAUCAAAAUUAGCCAACGUCA